AUGGAAGACCCGACCACGGACAGCCAGGGUGUACCCGAAAAGAUUGAGAAGUUCGACACACAACAGGCUGAAGAUGCGCUGCCUCCAUCUCCGCCGCCCACAGACGACAAUACUUCAGACAUAGAUGACGAGCAAGUAGAGAUACCACUUCCACCCCCAACGCAAGCACCCACAGAGGUACUGGAUGUCGAUCUAAAGACACCCGACAGCCAUGUACCGCGGGAUCCGAGGCUAAUCAGACUAACUGGGGUUCAUCCUUUCAACGUCGAAGCGCCGCUAACAGAGUUAUUCAACGAAGGCUUCCUGACAAGUCCCGAACUAUUCUACGUGAGGAAUCAUGGAGCCGUGCCACAAGUUAGCGACGAGGACAUUAUUGAUUGGAAGUUCACGGUUGAGGGACUUGUCGAAAAUCCCUUGACCAUCUCGCUGAGACAAUUGAUGACCGAAUACGAGCAAAUCACCUGCCCGAUUACCUUGGUAUGUGCCGGCAAUCGACGGAAGGAGCAGAAUAUGGUGCGGAAGAGCAAGGGGUUUUCAUGGGGUGCGGCCGGAUUAUCGACGGCGCUGUUCACUGGCGUGGUCAUGGCAGAUGUCAUCAAAGAAGCGAAACCGACGCGGAAAGCGAAGUAUGUCUGCAUGGAGGGUGCUGACAAACUUCCGAACGGCUUCUACGGGACUUCUGUCAAGCUGAACUGGGUGAUGGACCCUAAUCGCGGAUUUAUGCUCGCAUAUAAGAUGAACGGAGAGACGCUGAGACCGGAUCAUGGAAAACCCUUACGCGCCGUCAUCCCGGGCCAAAUAGGCGGUCGAUCGGUCAAAUGGCUCACUAAACUCAUCGUCACGGAUGCACCUAGCGACAACUGGUAUCACAUAUAUGACAAUCGGGUACUGCCAACAAUGGUAUCGCCCGAGGAAUCAGCAAACAAUCCGAAAUGGUGGACCGAUGACAGAUAUGCUAUUUACGAUCUCAGUCCCAACUCAGCGAUAUGCUAUCCUCAGCACGAGGAGCAGUUAUGCCUGACUGGCGCUCCGAGCACCUAUAGAGCGAGAGGAUACGCCUACAGCGGCGGUGGGCGACGGAUCACCAGGGUAGAGGUCUCAUUGGACAAAGGCAAAACGUGGCGGCUAGCAGAGAUCAACUACGCCGAGGAUCGAUAUCGUCAAACAGAAAGAAAUCUGUUUGGUGGCCGGAUCGACAUGUCGUGGCGUGAAACAUGCUUCUGCUGGUGCUUCUGGUCGAUAGAUCUGGGCACAAGAGAACUUGCUGGCACGAAGGACAUCUUUGUCAGAGCGAUGGACGAGAGCAUGAAUGUCCAGCCUCGAGAUAUGUACUGGUCAGUACUGGGCAUGAUGAAUAAUCCUUGGUUUCGCGUCACCAUUACACUAGAAGGCGACUACCUUCGAUUCGAACACCCGACGCAGCCCGCACUCAUGCCUGGCGGAUGGAUGGAGAGGGUCAAGAAGGCCGGUGGAAAUCUGGCCAACGGCUUCUGGGGUGAGAAGCUCGAGGGUGAAGGCCCUGUGGUGCCUCCUGAAGAACAGGCCAAGGAGAUAUCCAUGGUCAAGGAAGGCUUGAAGAAUCCGAUCACGAUCGAUGAGCUGCGGAAGCACGAUGGAGAGGAGCAACCCUGGUUUGUUGUCAAUGGGGAAGUAUACGAUGGCACCGCAUUCUUGGAAGAGCAUCCCGGCGGUGCGCAGAGCAUCCUUUCAGCGGCCGGUCUCGACAGCUCGGAGGAGUUCCUUGCUAUUCACAGCGAGACCGCCAAGGCAAUGAUGCCCAAGUAUCAUAUUGGUUCUUUGGACGAAGCCGCCAAAACUGCCCUGACUGAGGAUGAUACAGAGGCCGACCAGUCGGGCAAGCCUUCGGCGAAAUUCCUAAAUCCGAAAUCGUGGAAGAAAGCUGUUCUUCACGGCAAGCGGAUCGUUUCUUGGGACACCCGUAUAUUCACCUACAAGCUAGAGCAUCCGGAACAGCGCCUAGGGCUCCCCGUCGGACAGCACCUGAUGGUUAGGCUGCGGGAUCCCGCCACUCGCGAAGCCAUCAUCCGCAGUUACACCCCAAUCUCGGAGAUCAAUGAGCGGGGAUAUAUGGAUAUGCUUGUCAAGGUCUACUUCGCCGAUGCUGGUGGCAAAGGAGGAAAGAUGUCUCAAGCCAUGGAUGCUCUGCCUGUCGGACACUUCAUUGAGAUGAAGGGGCCAAUUGGCAAGUUCGAAUACCUUGGCAACGGCAAAUGUCUUAUCUCGGGCAAAGAGAGACUCGUCAAGAACUUUGUGAUGAUCUGUGGCGGUAGCGGCAUUACACCCAUCUACCAAGUGUUCCGCGCUGUUAUCCGCAAUCCAGAGGACAAGACUCACUGCAUCAUCUUCGACGGCAACCGAUUGUUGGAAGAUAUAUUAUGCAAACCAGAGCUGGACGCGUUACUGGCAGGCAAUGAGCACAGAUGUAAGAUCCUACACACGCUGACGAAGGCGCCGGCCGAUUGGACUGGCCUCCGGGGGCGUAUCACGGGUAAGCUGGUCCAGGAAAACUACACCAAGACCGAGGAGACAUUGGUCUUGCUUUGUGGCCCCGAGGCUAUGGAGAAGACUAUGCACAAGGCGCUGUUGGACGACGGAUGGAGCAACGACCAGCUCAUGUUUUUCUGA